GGGAGGCGGGCGCAGAGGGAUGGUUCGGAGUUACCCGCACCUGGCUUCCCGAGUGUCGCCUUCACCCGGCCUCCCAGACACUGCGCGCUAGAUGCGCAUUCGGGUGUUUCCGGCAGGUGACGCUGCCGCGUCCUCGGAGCGGGACUUUAAGGAGGGCCUGAAACAUUCUUGGCUGAAGCAACGCGCGAGGCUGGCGGGGCGGAGCCUUUAAGGAGGCCCAGAGUGGAAUAGUGGCAGUGCGGACUGCUCCGGGUGGGAGUACGUCCCUGGAGAGUGGUUGGAGUUCUAAGAACAAGAAACUGGUGGAGAGUUAGAGUGUGUGUGUGAUUAUGAUGGUCUGUGGAGUUGCGAUGCUGUGUGUGUGUGUGUGUGUAUGAGAGAGAGGGAGAGAGAGAUGGUGAUGGUAUGAGAAUGAUGAGGGGUGUGGUUAUGUGGGUGUGAUGGAGUAAUUGUGAUGGGAUGUUUGUGUCAUGUGAUGCUUGUGAUUGUGAUUUAUGAUAACGUGCGGUGUUGUCCGUGUGAUUAUCAGAUAGAUCUACAGUGUGUGUGAAUGGGAUGAAGUGUUUGUGAUUGUGAUGUGUAGUGCUUCUUGUCUUACCUCAGUUGACUUCUGUGUCGCCUUUUGGCAUAAUUGGCAACCGCUUGAAAGAAAUUUCUGUACCUGGUUUCACGUGGUCUUUCCUCCCCAUUGGUCACUGUUUCUUAGUCUGCUUCCUAGCCCUCUUUGCACCCCGCCCCUAGCCAUACUUAGCCCUGUUCUGUUACUUUCCAGUUUCCCUUGGUGAUCUUUUUCAGAUUUAUUAUUUCACCUUCCUGUGGCUUCUUUUAUUAUUUGUAUUAGUUAUUGUGAUCAUAGUAAUGCUGCCUAACAAACCACUUUUAAACUCCGUGGCAUGCAACAGCAAGCAUUUAUUCUCUUAUUCACAGGUCUGCAGAAUCUCUGUUCAGGUUAUGUAGGCUGGGCUUGCCUGGAGGGCUGGGCUGCAGAAUCCAUUCAGACCUGCUCCACAUGUGUUCUUUAUGCAACUCAGGAAAAAAGGACAAUGGUUACCAGGACCUGUUCUUCUCUUGGUGGAUCACCAGAGUACAAGAAAUCAUAAAAACCUCUGCUCCCAAGUAUACUAAUGUUACAGAUGCCUAAGCUUAACAUUAAUUACACCCACAGCCAGAGGGCAAGGCAAAAUUAAAUGGCAAAAAGUGUGAAUGUCUAAUCCUGUUAGAGGGGAGUGAAGAAUUGGGACUAAGAUUUCAAUCUGCAUCAUUAGGAAACAUGUCCCUUUAUCCUGGUGAAUGUCUUAGUCCACGGUUCUCUUUUGUCUGUUAAUAUUGUUUUUUGGGUUUUGUUACUGUAUUUUCCAGGAAUUUCAUUUUACAACCCCUUCCCUUUAUGUCUUUAUACUUCAGGUCUGUCUCUUAUAAAGAGCAUAUUGCUGGGCUUUCCCCCCUUUUAUCCUGUUUGACUUAUUUUAAUAGCUUGGCAUUCUCCAGACUCUGCCCUUUUCCAGGAAGAAGAGGAUAUGGCCAGUUCUCUUGAAACAGUGACAUUUAAGGAUGUGGCCGUGGACCUCACCCAGGAGGAAUGGCAGCAAAUGAAACCUGCUCAGAGGAACUUGUACCGUGAUGUGAUGCUGGAGAACUACAGCAACCUAGUCACAGUGGGUUGUCAAGUCACCAAACCAGAUGUGAUCUUCAAGUUGGAGCAGGAAGAGGAGCCAUGGGUGGUAGAAGAAGAACUGCUUGGGAGGCACUGUUCAGAAGUUUGGAAAGUUGAUGAACAGAUCAAGAAGCAACAGGAAACCCUUGUGAGAAAUGUCACAUCCAUCUCCAAGAAAACUCUGAUUAAGGAAAAUGUCCUUAAGUAUAAAAAUGUUGCAAAAGUAUUUCCUCUGGACUCAGACAUUGUUACUUCAAGACAAAAGUUCUAUGAAUGUGACUCACUUGAUAAGGAUUUUGAACAUAGUUUAGACUUAUUUAGUUAUGAGAAAGGCUUUAUGAAAAAGAAAAGUUAUGAAUGUAAUAAGUAUGGGAAACCAUUUUACCAUUGCUCAUCCCAUGUCAUAACCCCCUUUAAGUGUAAUCAGUGUGGACAGGACUUUAAUCAUAGAUUUGACCUCAUCAGACAUGAGAGAACUCAUGCUGGAGAGAAACCCUAUGAAUGUAAGGAAUGUGGAAAAGCUUUCAGUAGGAAGGAAAAUCUUAUUACACAUCAAAAAAUUCAUACUGGGGAAAAACCAUAUAAGUGUAAUGAAUGUGGAAAAGCUUUCAUUCAGAUGUCAAACCUUAUUAGACACCAGAGAAUUCAUACUGGAGAGAAACCUUAUGCAUGUAAGGAUUGUUGGAAAGCUUUCAGUCAGAAAUCAAAUCUCAUUGAACAUGAGAGAAUUCAUACUGGAGAAAAACCCUAUGAAUGUAAGGAAUGUGGAAAAGCCUUCAGCCAGAAGCAAAAUCUUAUUGAGCAUGAGAAAAUUCAUACUGGUGAGAAACCUUAUGCAUGUAAUGAAUGUGGUAGAGCUUUUUCUCGGAUGUCAUCUGUUAAUCUACAUAUGAGAAGUCACACAGGGGAGAAACCCUAUAAAUGUAAUAAAUGUGGAAAAGCCUUCUCUCAAUGCUCAGUAUUUAUUAUACAUAUGAGAAGUCAUACAGGUGAGAAACCCUAUGUAUGUAGUGAAUGUGGAAAAGCAUUCUCUCAAAGUUCAUCCCUUACUGUACACAUGAGAAAUCAUACAGCUGAGAAACCCUAUGAAUGUAAUGAAUGUGGAAAAGCCUUCAGCCGGAAAGAAAAUCUCAUUACACAUCAGAAAAUUCAUACCGGAGAAAAACCUUAUGAAUGUAAUGAAUGUGGGAAAGCUUUUAUUCAGAUGUCAAACCUCAUCCGACACCAGAGAAUUCAUACUGGUGAAAAACCCUAUGCAUGUACAGUAUGUGGGAAAGCCUUUAGUCAGAAAUCAAAUCUCACGGAACAUGAAAAAAUUCAUACUGGAGAGAAACCCUAUCAUUGUAAUCAAUGUGGAAAAGCUUUCAGUCAGAGACAAAACCUCCUUGAACAUGAAAAAAUUCAUACUGGAGAGAAACCAUUUAAAUGUAAUGAGUGCGGUAAAGCUUUUUCUCGAAUCUCAUCCCUUACUCUUCAUGUUAGAAGUCAUACAGGGGAGAAACCGUAUGAAUGUAAUAAAUGUGGAAAAGCCUUCUCUCAAUGCUCAUUACUUAUUAUACAUAUGAGAAUUCACACUGGUGAGAAACCCUAUGAAUGUAAUGAAUGUGGAAAAGCAUUCUCUCAAAGAGCAUCCCUUUCUAUACAUAAGAGGGGUCAUACAGGUGAGAAACGCCGAGUGUACUAAAUGAAUAAGACUUUUUUAAAAAUUCAACCCAAGCUUUACUUAGCUUUAAGAUAUCUUGGCAUAAUCUAAAAAAAUGUGCAAGAUUCUUAUGAAAAAAUUGUAAAGCUUUAUUGAAGGGCAAAAGAUUUGCGUAAACGAGAGAACGUAGAUGGAAAAACCCAAUGGUAUAAAAUGUCAGUUCUUCCCAACUUAAUCUAUAGACCUACUAGAGUUCCAAACAUCUAACAGGAAUUUUUUAGGAUCUUUAUAAAAUGAUUCUAAACCUCAUAUGAAAUAAAAGUCUAUGGAUUGCUGAGAUAAUACUGAAAAAGAACAGAGAGGACAUACCUUCUACCAUAUACUACGUGUAUAGUGAAGUUAUGGUCAUUUAAUAGUGUGUAAUAUUAGUACAUUAAUAUGUAGGUAGAAAAGUUUUACAGAAUAGAGUGCCUAGAAAUAAACCCGUGAAUAUAUGUGAACUUGUUGUGUAUUAGGCAUGACAUCAUGAAUCAGUAGGAGGAAUAGCCUAGUCAAUAAAAACAGUUGGAGUACUUGAAUCUCCAUACUGGGGAAAAUAAAAUUACAUACAACCUUGCAACAUAUAAAGAAACAGAAUUCCAGAGGAUUUGAACACUAAAAUGUGAACAACCAAACUCUGAACUUCUUGGAAGGAAAUAACAGGAUGUUGUUUGUGACUUUGAGGCAGGGAAACAUUUUUUAAAAGGACCCUGUAGUUUCUCUUCUGGAUAUACAUCCUAAAGAAAUUCACAACUAUGCAUAAGAAAUAUAUAUUAUCUAAAUAGAAAACAACCUAUAUAUUGAAGGGAUAAUAGAUAAAUAAGAUGUGAUAUUAAAAUAAUAGAAUAGUAUACAGCAGUUAAAAGUAAUGAACUUGGUCUAUAUUGUGUAACAUGGGUUGUUACCUAAAAUAAUGUUGAGUGGAAAAAAAUUAAGAUCUAGAUGAAACAUACUGUAAAAAUACACUCAUGUAAAUUGGAGUGAAAUCAUUCACAAAGAAUAGAACUAUGUUUUUAUUACUGAAAUAUGUAUGUAAAACUAUUUUAAAUGGAUUAAAAAGAACACAUAUCAAGUUAUUGAUAGUGUUGUCUCUGGCAGGAGAUUAGGAUUCAGGGUGUUGAUUGAAGGGGGCUUUUAGCUUUACUUGUAAUUUUUAUGCCUUAAAAAGAGAUGAAUAGCAUAUAAAAUAAAUCUUAAAAGUUAAUGAUA